AUGUUCAAGCAAAUCAGCCAAUUUAGCAAAAAUCUAACAGAUGAGCUAAGUAAAGGUUUAGCUGAUGAUAUAAGUUCACCGGGAGAGCCAGUCCCAGAUGAUAACAGUGGCCUACCAAAAGAAGUUCAAGAUAAAUUACGGAAGUUUGAAAAAUAUGAACAGAAAUACCCAUUACUUUUAUCUGCUUACAAGAAUGAAAAAAUGAAAAGUGAGAAAUUUAUUCAAAUGGAAAAAAUCAUUACUGAGAAUACGCCUAUUUCCAGUCUAGAUGAUGCUGAAUCUUUAACUUCGUUUUUUCAAAAUUUAGAUGCAAAAACAUCAAUGUAUAACGAAGAGAUUAAAAGACUAACUAGUUUAAAUUCAGAAAAUGAGAAAAGAAUGAAAAAUUCAAUUGGAUCAACCACGUCUGAAAUUGAUACUGCCGAAGAAAAGGCUACAUCUGAAAAUGAUUCUGCUAAGCAAAUAGAAGAUUUGCUUGAGAAAAUUAAAGAAUUAGAAGAUAAAGUUACGUCAUCAGAUGAAAAAAAUAAAGAAUUGAAAAAGUCUUAUGAAGUAAAAAUAAAAUCUCUGGAAUUGGAAAUACAAUCAGCACCUGCGACAAAUGAUAAUCAUAUACUUGAGGAUAAGCAAAAAACUCAAGAAUUAGAACUCCAAAAUAAGAAAUUAUGCGAUGAAAUAUCUGAAUUAUCAAAAGAAAUUUCAAAUCAAAAAGUAGAACUGCAGAAUCAUGAAAAAUUAAUCUCAUCUAAAGAGGAAGAGAUUAAAAAUGGCAAGUCUGAACUAGAUGAAAAGGUUGAAAUGAUUACCGUCAUUAAUUCUAAGUUAGAGGAUAUCAGCAAGCAGUGUAAAUCUCAUCUAGACUCUAUUCAAAAUCUGGAAUCAGAUAAUAACAAAUUGAAAAAUGAAAACGAAGAAAAGCAAUCUAAAAUCUUAACCUUGGAACAAGUAGUAGAAAAACAUGAAAAUAAAAUUAAAGAUCUGGAAGAAAGCGUUCAUGAAAAGUCAAAACUCAUUUCAAGUUUGGAAGAAGAUAUAAAGAAAGAAAUACAGUCUUCAGCUGGGCAAUCUAAUACUGAAGAUCAAGUAUCUACCACUUUACCUUCUACUUCUCAAACUAUAAGUAGUAAAAAGAAAAAUAAGAAGAAAAAUAAGAAAGGUAACAAUAUAUCUCAACCAUCUACUACUCAGGCACCUGUCAAAUCUUCAGAUUCCCAAGAAAAAUACAAUGCAUUAUUAAAGGAAUAUGAGGUACUGAAAGAGGAGCAUGAAAAAUCUGAUCAAUUAGCAUUACAGUUAGAAAAAAUCACAAAAGAUUUUGAUGAGUUAAAAAAAUCUCAUAAUGAUAAUUCCAAUUUGAAAGAAAUUACUGAAAAUUUUGAAAAACUAAAACUUUCAAAUCAAAAAUUAAUUGAAGAAUAUAAUGAAUUUAAAAUAAAUCAUGAAAAAUCUAUAUCUGAUAUCAAGCAUACCUCAGAAUUAGAUGAUGAAUUGCAAUUAUUACGCUCCACUAAUAAGGAACAAGAAGAUAAAAUUGAUGACCUUGAAGCUGAAAAAAAUAAGGUAUUAGCUGACUUAGGUGAAUUAAAAGCUGCUCUAAAAUCUAAAAAUGAAGAAAUAGAAAAUCUAAGAGAUAUGUUACGUACAGUAGGUAAUGAAUUGGUAGAAGCAAAAGAUCAAAUUAAGGAUGCCGGAAGCUUAAAUGCUAAGGAAGCAGAAUCGUUAAAACGUGAAUUGGAUGAUUUACGUGAAAAAAAUUCAGCAGUUAUCCAAACUUAUGAAACUAAAAUUGCAGACUUAAAGAAAGAUUUUGAUAAUAUGAAAAACGAAAAGGAUAAAUUACUUUCAAAUGCUGCUUUAACUGAAAGACAGCGUAAAAUUCUAGACAAGAAAAUUUCUCAGAUGGAAGAGCACAUUUCUCAAUUUCAAAAAGAGAAAGUUGAAUUAGAUACUAAAUUAAAGGAUUAUGAUUUAUUAGUAAAAUCAGAGACUUAUUUGAAAACAUCGAUUACCCAAAAAGAAAAAACUAUUGCAUAUUUAGAAAAGCAGGUAAAAGAUUAUAAUGAGAAAAGUGCUUCAAAUAAGCAAGCAAUUGAUCUGGUGAAAAAAGAAUCUGAGCAGUAUAAACUACGUAUGAGUGCUUUACAAAAGGAAAACAGAGAUUUAAAAGAAAAUUCAAAAAAAAAUAUAACUUCAUCAGAAAAUUAUAUCAAGGAAAAUGGAAUUUUAUCGGAAAGAAUUAAGAUCCUACAAGAAAAAUUUGAUCAUGCACAAAAUUUGAAAAGCAACUCCAAUGAGCAAGUUGAAUCCAUUCAAAGACAGUGUGAGGAGCUAAAUGUUAAGUUAAAAGAAUCUAAUAAAAGGGUCAUGUCCCUUGAGGAUGAAUUAAAUGAUUAUUCAAAUAUUAUUCAAGAAAAAACACGAGAAGCAACCACUAUGCGUCAACUAAUAUCGGAUUCUCAUAAUGGUGAUUCUCAGAAAUUAAGAGAGCUGCAUGAUAAAAUUGACUAUUUUACUGAUGAAAACAAAAGAUUGAAAUCGGAAUUUGAACUUUCAUCUGGUAAAAUGUCUAGAGAACUGCAAGAAGCGCAAGCUAAAAAUAGUAAAUUACAGACAUCUAUUCACGCUUUAACAUUAAGUGAGCAACGACUAAACGCAGAAAUAGAAAAUUUGAAAUCGGUAAAUGAAAGUAUUCGUAAAAAAAGUACUGUAAAUGGAGAAGAUACUGAUGAAUUAGAGAAAUCAAAUUCUAGCUUAAAAGAAGCACUCUCUAAAGCUGAUACCAAAGUUCGUGAUUUGCAAGAAAAUAUAGAGAAUUUGAUGAAGGCGAAUAAUGAUACAAACAAGAAACUAGAACGUAUUACAAAAUCUUAUAGGACCGUUUCAAAUCAAUUAAGCACUUUACGUGAUCAAAGGGGAUUUGCCUCAAGUAGAUCCAGUAGGUCUAAUUCGGUUACAUCUACACUUCAUGAUUCUUCAAAGGGAGACUCUGAUGGAAAUGGGUUUAUUAUGGGACAAUCCAGGCCAUCUAUGUCAACGGAAAGUCAAGCAGAAAUGAAUGAAAAGAUUGCGUAUAUAAAGAAUGUUCUAUUAGGAUUCUUCGAACAUAAAGACCAAAGGGGUCAACUUCUUCCAGUAAUCUCAAUGUUACUACAUCUAGACCGUAAUGAUGAAAAAAGGCUGUUAAUGGCGUUAAGAUAA